AUGGAGAGAAAACUUGUUAUUGAAGUUGAAAAUGAAGAACCAUUCUCUACGUGUGAAAAAGGUCAACAUGGUAAUGGGAUGGUCAGCACUGCAACGGUGACUGUGGAGGUUACUGGUACCAAUGACUUCCCUCAGUUCCAUCCUCCUAUGUUUACUGUUCAAGAACUUGAUUGUGCCAAACCUGGGACUCUGUUGGGAAGAUAUAAUGCCACAGAUCAAUAUGGGAAUACCAAGAACAUAAGGUUUAAGCUGGUUCACGAUCCUGCUGAUUGGGUGACUGUGGAUGAAUUCUCUGGUGUGGUUACCACAGUGAAACAUGUGGAUCGUGAAUCACCUCAUUUGAAGAACAGUUUUUAUACAAUUAUGGUCAUUGCCAUUGAUGAUUGGAACUUCCACCUGUCAAAGAACAUUUUAAUAAAUGGAUUACCUAUUAACUUAGUUUUUGUUUCCAAGGUCAUUGUUGCCAGCUGUCUCCAACCAGCAAAAGAUGAAUUUAUCAAUCAGGCAAAGAUAAAGGCACAUCACAAGCCUUUGCAGCGCUUUAAAAGAAGAUGGAUUAUCACUACCUUUGAACUCCAAGAGGAAGACCCAGGACCAUUUCCCAAGCUAGCUGGAGAGUUGUUCCAUAAUAUGGACUACAAUAAAUCCUUAAUAUAUAUAAUCAGUGGGCCUGGUGUGACUGAGGAUCCAAUUGGUCUGUUUUCUAUAGAAGAUAAUCAUCAUGGGAAAGUCUAUGUUCAUCUUCCAAUUGAUCGGGAGGAAACACCAUAUUUUGUGAUAAAGUUUGAUAUUGCUGACCGUUCAACUCUAAAGAUUGUGGAUAAAUCUUUAUUUUUCCAUGUUAAAGUUGGUGACAUCAAUGAUAAUGCACCACAAUUUACUAAGGAGGAAUUUAACAUCACUGUCAAAAGCAACCACAAUCCAGAUUACCCAAUUUUUCAGGUAGAAGCAGUUGAUUUGGACAAAGAGCAAACACCUAAUUCUGAAGUAAUUUACUCCCUUGUUUCACAAGUGCCAUUGUUGAAAAGAAGUGGGUUUCAUAUUGAUCGCACUACUGGAAAAAUUACUGUCUCAGGAUGCCUACAUUAUGAGGAUGCCCAAUUGUUCAAAUUACUGAUUAGAGCAAAUGACCAAGGAGAGCCACCAUUGUCAUCAACUGCUACCAUCAAUAUUGCAGUUCAAGAUGGAAACAACCACAUGCCUGAAUUUACUAAGGGAGAUUAUAAAAUACAGAUUUCUGAAGGCCAAAUGCACCAGGAUGUAUUAAGGCUCCAAGUGCAAGAUCAUGAUUCUCCAUUCACACCUGGAUGGAAAGCAAAAUACAAAAUACUGCAUGGUAAUGAAGAAAAUUACUUCAACAUCCUGACGGAUCCUAGGACAAAUGAAGCAAUUUUAAAUGUCAUCAAGCCAUUGGAUUAUGAAAACUUGACAGAGAGAAAACUUGUUAUUGUAGUUGAAAAUGAAGAAUCUUUCUCUUUUUGUGAAAAAGACCAACUUGAUAAUGGGACCAUGAUGACUAGCACUGCAAUUGUGAGUGUGGAGAUUGCUGAUAUCAAUGAUCCUCCCCAGUUUCAUCCUCAUAAGUUCAUUGUUCAAGCAGAUGAUGGUGCUAAACCUGGAGCCCAAUUGGGAAGAUAUAAUGUCACAGACCCAGAUGGGAACACCAAGAACAUAAGGUUUAAGCUGAUUCAUGAUCCUGCCAGUUGGGUCACUGUGGAUGAACUCUCUGGUGUGGUUACCACAGUGAAACAUAUGGAUCGUGAAUCCCCUUAUGUGAACAACAGCUUUUACACAAUUAUGGUCAGUGCCGUUGAUGAUGGUAUCCCACCCCAAACAAGUACAGGGACCAUGAUGCUUUUUCUUUCUGAUGUGAAUGAUAACACACCUACUCUUGUUAAGUCUUCCAUUGAAGUUUGUAAUACAGAGCAGAAAUUACCUAUUCUUGUGGAAGCUGAGGAUAAAGACUUAGAUCCAUAUACUGGGCCUUUCACGUUUAAAUUAGAUGAUACUUCUGGAAAUAUAAAAGAUACUUGGAAGUUAGGAAAAAAUUUUGGUUAUUCUGUGGAACUUUUAAGGUUAAGAAAUCUCCAAAAUGGUAAUUAUUCAGUGUCCUUCAAUAUCUUAGAUAAGCAAGGAUUUUUCAAGGAACAGAUCCUGUAUGUGAGGCUGUGUUCCUGUCUUGAUGAAAUUACCUGUGCAAGCUCUUCAAUGCCCUUUGUAGGACUUGGUGGGGAUUCCAUCAUUUUGAUAUGCAUGGCUUUCAUAUCAUUGGCAGUGGCCCUGCUUUUCCUGUUGAGAUUUUCCUUUGCAUCUGCAGACAAGAGGGAGGAAAUGUCUAUUUCUUAUGAACAAGGCACUCAGACCUUAAUCCGUUAUAAUGAAGAAAGUAAAAAUACUUUAACACUGAAGCUCUCCAUCCUUAGCAUCCCAGAAGAUAACCUGGUGUACCAGCCUCACAUUUACACAGAGGAGGGAGAAUUUGAAGCAUAUCAAUCACUUAGCUCACUCUCCUUGACUGAAAGUUACCUAUCUGAAGAUUUUCUGAAUGAUUUGGGAUCAAAAGCAAUUGCCCUUGAAGAAAUAUAUUCCAAGUCAGUCUUUCGGAAAUAA